ACCCCAACUCCUACAACACAACUCUAUAAAUACUGGUCCCUGUUGUGUGAACCAUCUCUGAACUCUUUGGGAAUAGCUCGACUCCUCGGGACCUGUCCGUACUCAGCUUGGAGUGUGUGAUACUCAGGUUGGCGUGUGUGAGGUCAGGAACAAUCAGUGGACAGUGUGUGUGUGAGGAACUAUUCAGUCAAGAUGGUUUCCCAGGGGAUCCAGAUCAUGGGCAUCAUCAUGUCGUUGAUCGGCUGGUUGAUGGUCAUCAUCGUGUGUGCCCUGCCUAUGUGGAAGGUCACAGCCUUCAUYGGAGCCAACAUCGUCACGGCCCAAACAAUCUGGGAGGGAAUGUGGAUGAACUGUGUUGUGCAGAGCACGGGCCAGAUGCAGUGUAAGGUCUACGACUCCAUGCUGGCACUACCCCAGGACCUCCAGGCCGCCAGAGCCAUGAUCAUCAUCUCCAUCCUGACAGGUAUCGUCGGCAUCUGCUUGUCGAUUGCAGGAGGGAAAUGCACCAACUGCAUAGCAGAAGAGGGAUCCAAGGCUAGAGCCUGUAUUGUGGCUGGAGUCCUCUACAUCAUCUCAGGCAUCCUCUGCCUCAUCCCAGUGUCCUGGUCAGCCAACACCAUCAUCAGGGAUUUCUACAACCCCCUGCUGAUCGAGGCCCAGAGGAGGGAGCUGGGGGCGUCUCUGUAUAUGGGCUGGGGUGCUGCAGCACUGCUGCUGAUGGGAGGGGGGCUGCUGUGCUGGAACUGUCCCCCCAAGCAGGACCACCACUAUCCGGCCAAGUUCUCUCAGGUCAGAUCCACCUCCUCCGGACCCAUGCAAUAUGUCUGAGAUGUUCAUGUCAGUGUCAUGUUAAGAUCUACUUAAUCAAAUUCAAUUUAAAUGUGGACACUAAGGACAGUUCUCAUUCCAAAAACUGUGAGAGUUU